UGUUAGUCUGUUUUAUUGCUUCAAUCAAUUCAAUUUGAAAAAUGAAAUCCUGCUCAAAUCCUGGGUCAUCUAGGACUCCCAGUAAACCUACAAGAACUAUUUUAGAUUUCUUCAAGCCAAGUACCAGUAAAGCUGUUGAUGGUAACGUUGACAGCCUUCCGGUUGUGUCAUGUGCUGCUCUUGUCAAGAAAUUAUCAUGUCCAGGAUGCAAUCAACUAGUAUCAGAAGCCAGACUUGACUGGCACUUAGACCAGGAUUGUACCAGCAAGAUCCUAUCCAAGAAAAAGAAGAAAAAAAGGAAUUCUACUAACAAACGAAAAUCCACAGUGGGUGUGGGUAAUGUUUCUAAAAUUAGCACUAAAAAUUAUAGUAAUCACAAAAGUUCAAUUUUGUCUGAUUCUGAUGGAGAUGUUGAAGAUUUCAAUAUAGGAGAAUCUCCUAUUCUUUUUGAUAUGCCAGAAGAAUACUACCAUGGCACCGAAAGUUCAGCAGUAUACAUCAGUCCUUUUAUGGUUGAAACUCAAUUGGUAGAAGAUUCUAGUUCCAAAACUUCAACCCCCAAUAAAAUUGAAGUGGAAACUGCUACUGAUGAUUCAAAGUCCAAUUUAUUGAAGGAUUGGGCUGAUGAUAGUAAUUCUCUGCCCACAUCCAAUAAAACAGAAAAGCCUCCUCUUUAUAGCAGUGAUGAAAAUUGUUCAGGGAAUGAAAGCCUAAAGGAAAAAGCUGACAUUGAAUCAAAUGUUAGAUUGUCAUCAAUAAACAGGCAAAACAUUGUUUUGUCCAGCAGCUGUUCUUCUAUUCAAUCAGCUAAGAGUACUAGCACUUUUCCAUUGGAUAAAAAAUUGCACAAUUCUCAUUCUUCAUCAGACUCUGAGGAUUUUAUGGUUCAGUCACAAAAUUUAAGAACUUCAGAGAAAAAUCUGAGGAUGAAAUCCAAAACUGAUGGAGCUGAUAAGUUAGUGCCAAGUAAUCAAAAUUUAAAACUUGGUUCCAACUCCUUGCAAGAUGAUGCAAGUACUGGAAUACAUAAGGGGAAUGAGGUUCCAGGCUCCAGCUCCCAUGUUUAUCUGAACAAUGGUCCAUCAUCAAACAGUACCAAAAAAGUUGUGAGGCGAACAUUUUCUCUGACUUCUAAUCAACCAACCGACUCCAAGUGGUGUUCAUCUCUGGUUGGAUCUCAUCUUGGAACUAAUGACCAAAAUAAUGAUGAUUUUGAUAUCUUAACAGAAGAGCUGGAAUUAUCUGAUAUUGAUGAUGAUAUCAAUGAAGAAGAUGAUGAGGACAGCAGUGCACUAUAUUCCCCUCUAAAAAGUCCUGGUUUAGUCACUCCAGAACGAACACCUUCACCUUCCCCCUGCAAGAAACUCUUGGUGUGCCCCUCAUCAGCUCUACCUUCAAAGCCUUGUCCCUCCCCUGGUGGUGUGCAAUCUUCAGCUUCUAAUUCAUCUCAUCGCAAUAGCAUUGCAAAAAAUUCUUCUCUGACUGUCAAUGCUUUCAAUGAACUUCUACAAUCUCCUUCAAAAUUAAAAGUAAGAAGUGAUAGUGUAACAGUGUCUCCUAGUUUGUCUGGCAUUGAAGCCUUGCAGAGAGAGAAAAUAAAACUCUCCCCAUGUGUGGCAUAUAACAAAUCUCGAUUUGGAUUGUCUCAGAAAUCUCCUAAAAAAUCAUCCUGCAAGCAAAGUCCACUGCAGGCUUCAAACAUGAAAGCUUAUAAUAAAUCUCCCGGGAAGACUCGAAAAAACCUGUUUAAGAGUCAGUCUCCAGCAAAGUCCUCUGAUUCUCUGACCAAUGAGGAUAAAAUUCUUAGUGAUAUGAAUGAUAGUUUUUCAUCCAAGUGUUGUGAUUUGCCUGAAAUUUUAGGUAUAUCAGAACAAAAUCUUUCACAACUACCUACUACACCAAAGAAAUCAUUCUCUAAUAGCCCUACAAAGUCUCCUGAAAAAAAUAAAGAUCCAAGAAACUUUCGUGAGCACACUGGUUAUUAUCUUGAAAAUUUUCAGACUAUAUUGGAUUCUGUUAUAUCCUGUCCUCCUGAUUAUAAACUUUUCAAUGAUGAAGAGAAAGACUUGCUCUCUUCAUUUUCAACAUUCUCCCUGGCUGCCAAAAAACUGUUUGUGAGACUUUUCCAGAGGAAAGUCAAAUGGAACCGUGUGGCCAAAAUUCAGUACCAGGAUAUAUGUGACUCAGAAGAUACCAUCCUCUAUGUCAAGGAAUUGAGCUAUGCAAAUUAUCUUCUUAUUGAAGAUGAAUUGGACAGCCCUGAAGAAGCUUUAUCUCUGCUUGCUGGAGAAGAGAUAAUUGCUUUAGCAAAGCUCAUGAAGGUGAACACAAGUGGCAAGAGCAAGAAUGACCUGGCAAGAUUCAUGCUGCAAAACUGCAAGACUCAGCCCACCAUAGCAGCUGCUUUCUCAGGCAUUGCCCAGCCCUCCUGCUCUACCAAGCUUCUACUACAAAGAGCCAAGGAGGUGCUUGGGCCGUGCUGCUUGCUAUCAGAUGUUGUGCGUCGAGUGCUACUAAGAGUCUUGACGCUCUACUCACUACCUCGCUACGACGAGGAUGAUGAUUCUGGUCAGAACAAUCAGCUUGUUACGCUACUUCGAGUCAAUCUGGGACAAGUCAAGUACCCAUCCAACACCGUCAGGAUCAGACAUGCUGACAUUUUUAGCUCCAGAGAUGAUCUUAUUCAGUUUGAGGAAUGCCAGGAGCUGUACAGCGCCGUCAAGGAGCACCUCGAGAACCGUGACUGGCAAGAAGCAGUUAACGUCACCACCCGCGCCUGCGAACUCUAUGAGCGACUACGUCAGCAGCCUCACAUCCUUGAACACGACGCUAAGCUGCCUCGGUUCUUGCGUCGCUAUACGAGUCUCUCGCUGCUGGUGCUCAUCAAAGUCCACCGCGUUGAAGCCCUCCAACGCCUCAAGAAGUAUAGUGAUGCAGUGAAGACCUUGAGGGAGCUGCUUGAUCAGCACACACACCACCAGGACCGUCGGGGCGGCUGGUACGACAGACUUGCUCUCAAUCUGGACCAGCAUCUCAAGAUGCAUUCACAGGCAUUGGAAGUGGUUUACAAAGCUUUAAGAGACCCUGAAGUGCGUGUUGGACAUCGCCUCACUCUCAGCAGUAGGGGGCAGAAACUUAUCACUUCCUUCUCUCGUCGGCAAAUUAAAACCUCUAAAAAACGGAAGAUCAAUGAUGAAAAUGUCGAUAACAAUGAACAUCAACGUCAAGCCAACGAUAAUGAGAGCCAAUUUUCGGUACCCUCCGAUAUCAAGUUCAUGGAGCCUCGAGAAGCCCCGAGGGUUGUGAUAGAAGGCCGCUCGUUUGAAAUGGACCACAAGUCCGGAUUCCGUCGAGUGUUCAUCAGAGGCGACUCAGCGGUGCACGCCGGGCAGGGGGACGUGGUCGCGUGCAGCGUCGAGGAGCUCGCGCUCGGCCACUACGCGGAACGCGGCUACCCGCAAGGGCUACACGCGGAGGGCUCUACAGUGAACUCACUGUUCGGUCUGCUCUUUUGGCACAUCAUUUACGAGAGCGAAGUGCCUGAUGCCAUGAGAUUGGUGCAUCAGGCGGUGCCGCUGGAUCUCGACUACCCCAACUUUUAUCUUGCCAGAAAAAUCAGCAUCGAUGAGCGAGUGCGCGAGGUAGCGGGCAUGACGGAUGGCGAUGUGGCUGACGCCGUGUCGCGCGUCUGGUCGCAGCAUCACGGGGAGAUCAGCAUUGUGAACUGGGAUCUGUUCAAGUCAGAGCAGCAUGCCACGGACCUGAUCUUGAGUUUGGGUGUUUCCGUCGUUUCGCUGAUAUGCGACCGCCUCGCUCGCGACCAUCGCUUCACCCGCUCUGGCUUCCCUGACCUCGUCGUCUGGAAUCCUUCCACUAAAGAAAGUCGCAUUGUUGAAGUGAAAGGCCCGAAUGACCGCCUUUCGACCAAGCAGAUCUUAUGGCUUGACUACUUGCUGCAAGCUGGAGCUGUAGCUGAAGUUUGUCACGUAAAUGCCAUUGGUGCCAAGAUGAUGCAAACCAAAGGAUUCCGUGUGUUGUCGCCGAGCAAGAAAAAGCCCUCACGAGACGAAGCUUCCUCGGCACCACGACACCGCGAUAAGAACUUAUCCCGAGCCAGUAAGCGAACAACGUCCCCACACAAUUCCUCUUCUGAAGACUUCGAGCAAUUCGAAAAUUUGUCGAAACGUAAAAAAUGAGUGCUUUAAUUUUUUUAAUACAUACAUAUAAUUUUUUUAUUAGGUGAAAUAGUUCAAGGUAAAUCUCGGUAAAAUUCGAAUAAUUCAAGUGUAAUUUACAAUGGGUUUUCAAUUUCAAACAGAUUUUUGUUGCGACAUUGAAUCUCAGUUUCAGAAAGGAAAUGCCUAAAAACGUUCUAUGGCAAGCACAGUUUGAUUUUACCACAUUUUUCUUGACUUCGUUUCGUGUGUGUCUUGUCAUCAAAAA